AUGACUGAUCCGCUCUCCAUCCCCGGCGGCGUUGUCGGCAUCAUUUCCCUCGGCAUCACAGUCACCCAGGGCCUGGUCAGCUUCUACACGGCCGCCCGGGGCCAGAAGUCGAACACCGCCUACACCGCCACAAAGCUAAACCGCCUCCUCGACCAACUCAACCUUCUGGAGGGGCAACUAGCCAACCGCAAGUUCCGAUCUGAUGAGCGAGACCUACUCAAGAACAUCGAGAGAUCCAUUCGAGACUGCGAGGAGUGUAUCCUUGAGCUCGAUGCCGAAAAUGAGAAGUUCAAAGAUCGCCGCACUUACAGUAUCGCCGCCGCCGCCCGUACCGCGGCUCGCCGUCUAGCGUACCCCUUCCGGCAGAGCACGCUGCAAAAGCUCGAGGAGGCUGUCGACGAGACCCUCUCCCACUUGCGUCUUGCACUGCAGGCCCUAGAUAAUAAGGUCAUUGCCAACAUCCAGGAUGACAUCGAGGCCACAAAGACUUUGAUCGAACGAGUCAGAAACGAUCAGAUCACGACAGCUAUCCGCACUUGGCUGAAGGCUCCUGAUCCCUCCGUAGAGUAUAAUAGCAACUGCAAAAAGAGACACGGCGAGACUGGGCUUUGGCUUGUUAAAGGCCCCUCGUUUUCGACGUGGCUGGAGAAGCCCAACUCCUUCCUAUGGCUCUACGGCUUCACCGGCUGCGGCAAGUCGGUACUGUGCUCCACUGCCAUCCAGUACGCGUUCCGCCAUCGAAGGUCUAAUCCCCGUAUCGGAGUCGCAUUCUUCUUCUUUGUCUUCAACGACGAAUCCAAGCAAGAUAUCUCCGCCAUGCUUCGUUCCCUUAUCCUACAGCUGUCGGACCAACUAAAAGAGGGCAGUCACUGCCCUCUCUCGCAGCUACAUGACAGAUACUGCAACUCGACACCACCCGACCACGUUCUCAUUAGCUACCUUCAUGAACUCGUUCGCUUGUUUGACAACGUCUACAUCCUCUUGGACGCACUAGACGAAAGCCCCCGGGGCGAGCAACGAGAAGAUGUGCUUCAAGCCCUCGUUGAUCUACGGAGUUGGUCGGCGCCCGGCCUUCAUCUUCUAGUCACAAGCCGGGAUGAGAUCGACAUUCGUGAUGUCCUAUGUAAUGAGCUUGGUGCCUUAAAUUGCGAGAUGCUCUCGAUGAAGAAUGAAUAUGUCGAUCGUGACAUUGCCGCUUUCGUCUCCCAGCAGCUCAGAGACAAUCGGAAAUUCCAGAAGUGGAAGGACUACCACGGCCGCAUCGAAUCUGUAUUCACAGAGUCUGCGAAUGGCGUAUUUCGAUGGGUCGAAUGCCAAUUCAGAGAACUAAGCCAAUGCCCAAAAAGCAAAUAUCAGCUCGAAAAGUUGCUGAGCUCGCUACCCGAAUCGCUUGACGAAACAUAUGAGCGUAUGCUUCUAAAUAUCGCUCCAGCUUCCAAGGAAUCUGCCCGGCGCAUCCUGACCUUGCUCUGCUUCGCUAAACGCCCAUUGACGAUACCGGAGCUCAUCGACGCCAUUGCUGUUGAGCUAGGUGACUCGCCAAGGUUCAACCCAGACCGAAGACUAGAAACCAUGGAUGAAAUUCAUAAAGUGUGUCCUGGGUUUAUCGAAGUUGAUGAGCCACUUGUCGAAGUUGAUGAGCACCUUGACAAAGUUGAUGAAUUUGAGGAAUUUGAUGAGCAUGCUCUCAUAAUUGAGCCACGCCCCGAACCAACCACUGUACGCAUCGCCCAUUUCUCAGUCCAGGAAUAUCUAGAAUCGGACCGGAUACUUCAUCGCAAGGCUGCCGAGUUCAGCGCCCUACGACUGUUCCAAAAUGAUGCAGAUUUCAACAAUUGGGUCAAGAUAUAUGAAGCCGAACCCUACCGCAACAGCGCUAGCAAGAUGGCAUCCCCUGUUUACUAUGCUUCACUUCUUGGGCUCGAUUUGAUCCUCUCUAAGAUCUUGGAUGGAAAUGUUGCCUCUUCCUCCGGCCCCUGUCUACAGGAAGUUUCUAGCAUCAUCGACGCCGAAGGUGGAUCCUAUGGAAAUGCAAUCUGCGCUGCAGCAGGAGAAGGUCACGAGUCUAUUCUUCGGCUGCUUAUAGAGAAGGGUGCCAAUAUUAAUGCCCGCAAUAGAAGCUCCAGGACUGCACUCCACGAAGCGUCAGUCAAUGGCCAUAAGGCUAUUGUAGAGCUCCUUAUUGAUAAAGGCGCCGACAUCCAUGCCAAGCUUUCUUACUAUGGAACCCCACUCCACGCAGCAGCACAAACAGGCCACAAGGCUAUUGUGGAGCUACUUAUUGAGAAAGGUGCCGACGUUAAUGUGCAAAGUGGAUACUACGGAAGUGCACUCCUCGCAGCAGCAUCUCGAAACUACGAGGAUAUUAUGAAGCUACUUAUUGAGAAUGGUGCUGAUAUUAAUGCUCAAAUCGAUAAAUUUGGAACUACCCUCCAGGGAGCAGCACUUGAGAGCUCCGAGACUACCUUGAAGCUGCUAAUUGAGAAUGGUGCCGAUAUUAAUGCCCAAGGUGGAUUGUUCGGGACUGCACUCGGCGCAGCAGCAAGUCGGGGCUUCGAGGCUAUCGUGAAGCUGCUAAUCGAGAACGGUGCCGAUGUUAACGCCGAAGAUGCCUCCGGAACUGCACUCUGCGCAGCAGCAGCCAGCGGCCGUAAGGCUAUCGUGAAGCUGCUUAUUGAGAAGGGCGCUGACGUUAAUGUCCAAGGUGAAAAGUUUAGAGCUGCACUUGCUCUAGGAGAACGACUCAGCGGGGAUGCUUAUUGGAAAGGGUGCAACACCCAUGGAGGGGAGGGAACACCUCCGCCGACGUAUCAACUCGACGAUCUCCGUCUUCCGGCGCUCCCUCCGCCGGCCUACGGCUUGGGCGGGGCACUUCCGGGAGAUGAUGACCCACAAUCGGUCGUCAUCCAGAUCGACGCGACGCCGCCCGGCGGAACCAACACAACCGACGCCACCGGAUUAAAUAGCACGACUACGCAAACUUCUACAACUUCCGGGGCAACGUCGGGGACUCGGCGAAGUAGCAAGCAGGACACUCCCCGGGGAUCGCCUGGAGGAGACGAUACGAAAGAGACUGGCACCAACGACAACAACGGCCACAACGGGGCAGCUCAAGCUCAAGCUGGGAUGAUCCGCUCGGGUCUUGAUGUUUAA